GAAAUAAGAUGUAACCGACCAAAUAAUAUCUAACUCUUGUUUUGGAGGAGUUGACCAGUGACGUGAAUUUAUGUCAUAAGCAGUAUCUGAAGACGUUUAUGGCUGACAGAGAGGAGAGGCAAGUGGAAGAUGAUGCGGAGGAGGAUAUGGAAGCAGAGGGAGUGGGUGACAUGGCUGCAGUAGUGGAGGAAGAAGGCCAAGUAGUGGAUGUGUACCAGGUGGAGGAAGAGCCACAGGAGCUGGUGCUAAUGGAGGAAGUGCUCGUGGAUGAAGAUGCUGAUAGUUGGGCUGAAUAUGAUAGUCGUGAGGAAUCAGAUGGUGGUGAUAGUAACGGAAGUGGGGAUGAAGGCUGUGGUGAGCAGUAUGACAGGACAUUACCUUCUAGACAUGAAUACCUCGGCGAGACAGAAGAGUUAAGAGGACGCACUGUACAGGAAGAGAAUGACUACGUGACAAUUCCAUUAUUGCUGCACAGUUCCUUGAUGAACCUGGUGUUAGUGCCCACUCAGACACUUCCUCUCAGUAUCUUCCAUCCUCUACAUGUUUCCAUGCUUCGCAAUGUUAUUGCUAAGGAUCGUACUUUUGGCAUUGUUCAUUCGAAAAUUUCCCAGGAUGGAACUUCAGAGAUGGCCAGGUAUGGAACAACAGCAGAAAUCUAUGAAUACACAGAGGAAGAACUUACAGGAACAUUGUCAAUCAAAGCCAAAGGUCGUCAAAGGUUCAAGGUUAUGUCAACACGCCGAGAGACUACUGGACUGAUUGUGGCAAGAGUGCAGAUUUUACCUGAGAUACGCAUGGGCAGUCCAUUUGAAAUGAUGCGUCUGCAGUCCUUAGACAAACUAACAUUACCUCACCCCCAGGAGGCUUCUGUGCAUGUAGCACAAACCCGAGAUUUAGCUUCAGUUCGAACACCGAAUUCAUGGCGGGUAAGGGGACGAAAUGCUUGGCUAACCCCCUGGCCAUCAUGGGUGUAUAAUCAGUAUGAUGAUCUGCUUUUGGCACAGCGAGUUAUAAAUGAAAUAAAAAAAAGCACCAUGAUUCAACCUAACAUGCUCAAACUUCCAUGUGAUCCUCAAGAUUUGUCACACUGGGCAGCUAUCAACCUUCCCCUGGAUGAUAGUCACCGCCUUGCCCUUCUGGGUCUCAAUACUCCCACUCAGCGCCUUAGGUACAUUCUCUCUGUCCUUUCUAAGUGUAAAAUGCUAACGUGUACUCAGUGCUCUGAAGUGAUUGGGGAUACUGCAGAUAUCUUUUCUAUGUCGGUGGAAGGACCUCAAGGAACAUUCGUAAAUCCUGGUGGAUAUGUGCACGAGAUGUUGACGCUUGGUAAAGCUUCUAACCUUACAUACUAUGGACGGCCAUCUACUGAGCAUUCAUGGUUUCCAGGGUAUGCUUGGACAAUUGCUAAUUGCUCAAGCUGUCAUCGCCACAUGGGUUGGAAAUUUACUGCUACCAAACGUAAACUAAAGCCACAGAAAUUUUAUGGUGUGACUCGCAAGGCGGUCAAAGCUAAACUGGUGUGGGACGGUGAUGAAGGUGAAAUGCGUCAUGUAAUAUAAGGCUUAUCUUUUGCAGUACUAAUACUGCUUUUAAUAUAUGUUAACUUUAAUAUAGUACACCAAACCUAACCAGUAUUCUCCACUGUAUCAGCAAAAUAAACAGUUAUAACUGUAUGUAGUCAACUUGCUGUUACUUUCAUGUUGUUGCAAAUGCUCUAAAAGUAAAUUUGUAACGAAAGGAUGGAAUCAAAUGGUUUGGUAUCAUGUAUAAAAUGUAUCUACUCAUUUACUAUGAUGAAAGCCAAAUUGUUUUGAGUUAAUUUCCUGGCAUUACUUUGCCAGAACAUUUUAUUUGUGCUGUUGUGGGAUUAUUAUGAAUGAUUUAACAUCAUAUAUCAUAAUUGCUAAUAAAAUUGUUUUAUGGCUUUCCACUGUGAAUUUGUAUUAAUACAACAUUAGCAAUGUAUACAUUACUUAGAUUAUAGGAAUGUUGCACUCAUUGGCAAUUGCAUAUUUGAAUGGACUGCAUGAUGUGCUAAAUUUAUAUAUUUUGAUAUGGAAAGGCCUUAAAGUCUCCAAUGAUAAGGAAGCUAAUGGAAAUUUUAUAUGAAACUUACUAUUCACACUUUAAUUUGAGGAGCUAGAUUUUUUCAAUAAUAAAUUUGCCACUUAGCUUCAAGAUCUGUAUUUAUAUUUUGUUUGUAAAGAAUACCUCAAUAAAAUACAUUAAUUUAUUUCACUCAAAAUAA